GCAACCAGGCUUUGGGGACUCCGGGGAGCACAGGUUCCGGGUGUACCUUCCUGCCUGUCCCCCGUAGCGAGCUUAUGGACCCUAGGGUUUCCGCAAACUGCAGCUAGCCGGAGGGCAGAGCAUCCGGAGGGCGGGGCUGUCAGGGGGCGGGGCCAGACCGCUACCCGGCGAGCACGAGGAAAGGAAGGUGGGGUAGAGCUCGGGUCCAAGUGUCGGUCGGCAAACCUCUGCAGCGGCGUCUGCUGGUGGUUCCCUGGACUCUGUGAGCCAGCGGUGGUUGGAGCUACACGCCUGCGUCAUGGACUCUGAGGUCAGCAAUGGCUCAGGCCUGGGGGCUGAGCACAUCACAAACCUGCUGGUGUUCGGCUUUCUCCGAAACAAUGACCGUGAUUUCCACCAAGAGCUGGAGGUACUGGGGCAGGAGCUGCCCGUGCAGGUUUACCUGGAGGGGGACCGUGAAGACGAGCUGCAGACAGAUGGCAGCCGGGCUAGCCGCUCCUUCUAUCAUGGAAGAAUAGAGCCAGAUUCUGAAAGUCAGGAUGAAGUCAUCCACAACAUUGCCAGGCAUCUCGCCCAAGCAGGUGAUGAACUGGACCACAGCAUCCAGCCCACACUGGUGAGACAACUGGCCGCACAGUUCAUGAACGGCAGCCUCUCGGAGGAAGACAAAAGGAACUGCCUGGCCAAAGCCCUCGACGAGGUGAAGACAUCCUUCCCUAGGGACAUGGAGAAUGACAAGGCCAUGCUGAUAAUGACCAUGCUGUUGGCCAAAAAAGUGGCCAGUCAUGCACCAUCUCUGCUCCGUGACGUCUUCCGCACGACCGUGAACUUUAUUAACCAGAACCUAUUCUCCUACGUGAGGGACUUGGUUAGAAAUGUAAGGAUGAGUGACGCCAGCCCCUGCCUGCUUGCCUACCCUAUUCUAACCCAGCAGAGCCUCUGCUGAAGUCCCUCUGCCCCUUCUUCCCCUCCUGACCAACGGCAGACCGUUUAGAGGAGAGGUGAGGCUGUUCACGCUGCUGGUGGCAGCCAAGCAAGCUGGGGAGACGUGGAGCGUUUAGACAGAUGACCAAGGGCUCAGCAACCUUGGGCUACUCUUUGCUGUCACAAACCUAAGUGUGUGCGGUGUGCACAUAGAAGCCAGAGGUCAUUAUUAGGUGUCUUUUUAUCUCCCUCUACCCAUCUGGAACUUGCUGUUGAGGCUAAACGAGCUGGCCAAGCAAGCCCUGGGCUUCCACCGCCUCCCUUCCCUUCCAUCACUGGGGUAGCAGUUGUGUAUUUGCUCUACCUGAAUGUAUGCCUGUGUGCCUGUGUGCCUGUGUGCCUGAUGCCUGAUGCCAGAAGAGGGUGCUGGAUCCUCUGGGACUGGAGUCGUAAGUGGUUGCGAGCUGCUGUAUGGGUGCUUGGAAUCUGAACUCAGCUCUUCAGGCCUUCAUAGAUCUUUCUGGGCCAUCUUCACAGCCCCAGGUACUAUGCGUAAUCAACACACUUGUGUGUCUGUGUGUGGGAGCAUGUGUGCCACAGCACACACGUCAGAGGUGUGGUUCUCUCCUUCCACUGCGUGGGUCUUGGGGAUUGAACUCAGGUCAGCAGGCUUGGUAAUAUAAGCCUUUACCCAGUGAGCCAUCCCAUUGGCUCAUAAAUUUUUUUUUCUUUUUUUCGGAGCUGGGGACCGAACCCAGGGCCUUGCGCUUGCUAGGCGGCUCAUAAAUUCUUUAGACCUGUGCUUCCCAAGGAUGGUGGAUUAGGUCAGACUCUCCAGUAGAGUCUUAGCUCUGGUUACGCAAACCCAAGUGGAAGCCGGGUGGAGAUAACUGAUCUCCACUCGCGCUUCCGGAUGUUUGGGAUUUUAGAACAUGUCAGAAACAUUACCCAGGAGUCCCCCUUUGAGGGAGGGGGUUGUUUGUUCAUUCUGGGGGGAAUAAACACGGUCCAAGAUGGCAAUGGAAUGCAAGCCAAUCCUCCUGCCUCAGCAUCCUAAGUGCUGGGAUGGGACUACAGGUGCGCGCCCCCAUGGCUGGGCGAGCAGCACAGGGGACAGGUCUCUGCAUGCUAGGCGGGCACUGUUGUCUGAGCCACAGCCAGAGCCUGGUGUCUGUGUUCUAAAGCACUGUGUCCCACAAGGAGACUGACUCUGCUGCUCCUUUCCUAGGAGAUGGACUGAGGGUGCCUGCAGAAGCCCGACUGGCUGAACCCCGAUACGGCAAGAAUUGUGAAGCUGCCUCCAACGGAACUGUGACUGUGUAAAAGACACUGGAGUGAAGCCAGGUCCCAGAGAACAGCCGCGUCUCCCUAUUUCCAGGUGGUGGGAAUCCCAAGGGUGACUCACCUAACAUUUCUACACUCGGCUUGAGUGUACCUGAAGGGCUGACGGCAGCUCUGGCAUCCAUGCCACGUACCUUGGUCUUACGGCUGUAUGGGUUCCCACUUGGAAAUUAAACCUACAAGCAGGCUGUGAGGCAGAAAAGCGAUUUGUAAUGUGACGUGACUGUGAGAAGCAGCUCUGGAACUCCGUCUUCACCAUGCAGGCGGGCUUCUCUGAGGAGAACGGUGCUAGGAGUGUGACGUCCACCCAGCCUAGUGGACACCCCAGUGCUCACAAGGCCACUACCUGCCUUUGUAAAAGCUGAAUGGCUCUUCUCAAAUCGUGGGAAGCCCAACCACCCCACUCCACCUUGCCCAGGGCUUUAGCUGUUCCAGGGGUCAGCUGUUUUCUCAAGACUUCUAUCCCAGUGAAAACAAACUGAAUUGGGCAUACGACUUGUCUGUGUGAGGUCAGCUGUUAUCGUCAAGCUCUUACUAGGGAAUGCAAAGAACUGACAGCCUAGUGUCAAGGCAGAAGGAACAGAAGAGAUCUGAAACAGCCAGUAAUCCAAACAACAAAAGGUGGCUUCCAGUCACGUCCCACACUCUGUCUUGGUUGUAAAGCAAAGUUGCCAUUCUUUCCCCAGGUCUAACAUCACAGAAGAUUCUGUGUAUCAAAGCCAAGUGUCCCCUUCACUUUUAUCUACAAGGUCUCUCUGUAUCCUCAAAGGUGGGGUCAGUCUUCUGCCAAACUUUUCUAAAGCUGGGGUUGUAGUUACGAGCACCUCAGCCUGCAAGUAGUCUAGGUUUGACCUCGUCCCAGUCAUGGCGGCUGUAAUGGCUUGGGUGUAUCCUGUAACCUGGUGGGUUUUUCUUUAGUGACAUGAUCUUUGUGUGGGUAUAAUUGAGAAAUUAUUUUAAUUCAGAGAAUAUCUUUCAUUCUGUUCUAAAAAUGUGUGAAUUGCUUAAGUGAUAGAAAUUUGAUUAUUGAGCUGGAGAGAUGGCUCAGUGGUGCCGACUGCUCUUCCAGAGGUCCUGAGUUCAAUUCCCAGCAACCACAUGGUGGCUCACAACCAUCUGUAAUGGGAUCCGAUGCCCUCUUCUGGUGUGUCUGAAGACAGCUACAGUGUUCUCAUCAUACAUUAAUAAAUAAAUCUUUUUAAAAAAGUAAA